AUGUCGGAAACAGACACUGAUCGAACACGUCGCCUAAUAAUAGCCUCUUUCUGGACAGUGAUAUUAAUCGGUCUGCCACUAUGGUGGAAAACGACUGACGUAUACAGGGCACAAUUGCCAUUCACUGAAAUAGAGCAAUGGUCUCGGUGGGAGGCUUCGAAUCUUGUAUUUCCACUAGAUUUUACUUUCUAUUUCGCCGAAGAGGAUGAGACACCAAUAGAACUUGAGCAAUUGUCGGAAAAUAUCGAACGCGCACUUAACGAGCAGUUCUCUCGAGAUGCAGAAGCGGAUGGGUUGGUUACACAGUUGUCUGUUACUGUCGAUAGCGUAAAGUGGAAACAAUGGGAUAAAAUCGUUAGGAAAGAGAAUGAGAUUGAUGUUGAUUCAUUCGGGAAUUCGAUGGAAGAGUUCAAUGGAAGAUACGAAUUUUAUAUUGCCCCGGGAGAUGGUGAUAUGCGAGUUAAUUUGGGAAACAGUAGAUGCGCAUUUGUACAGAUUAAUCGUAAAGAUUGGAACGAACUUGCAAUAACCAAGAUUUUACCGUCUCUCCUCUUCUCCUUCUUCCAUUCCGAGUAUUUACUGCUCUCUGCUCUCUUCAAACCUCCGUCGCCCGAAGAAAAGCCUAACAUUGAUAACAUGCGCGCGAUGAAGUACUCUCCACGUUAUCAAAUAACAUUCAGUCUAAUGAAUGCAUGCCCAUCAACAUUGCUUGUCGAUUGGAACAUUGAAGAAGCCGUGAAUAUGUAUUUAAAGCCGUUCUUGGAUGAAUUGAAAAUUCUCUCAGAGGUUACGGUUGAUUCGCAAGUGCAGUAUUAUGCUCAGCUGACUGUUACUCCAGAGAAAAACGAGAAUGAGGGUUAUUAUUAUUUGAGACCGGAAAUGUUACCACAUUUUGUUAAUUCUGCAGAAUGGAAUUUAGCAUCUGCCGUGUCUUCAUAUCCAACUCUCAACCUGAUUUUGUAUACACCAGAAGCAAAUCAAAGCCCUUUACAUAUUCACAAUUCCAAAGGUCAUCCUAUCGAUAAUAAUGCAUUUCUUAUACCUCGAUGGGGAGGCAUUGUUAUAAGUAACCCUCAAACAACCAACAAUUCAUACAAACUUACGGUUGAAGAAUUAAAACCAAUAAUAGAAAUAUUUAUAUCACAAUUGCGUGGAUUACUAGGUGUGAGGAAAUUUACCUCAGACGACAAGGAAUUAUCUGCAAAAGUCAGAUAUGCACCUCCCCCAAGUACAGCCAUAACAGCAUGGGAGUUGGAUAGUUUAAUCCGUCAUCGUACGGCCGAGAACAUCGUUGCUGCAAUAUCUACUCUGAAAUCUCUGUCUCAGCUAGUGAGCGAGAUUCCUAAUAUGGUGGUACUAGACCACAUCCAGACUGAGGUGCUGCAAGCACUAGAUAGCCUAAAAGAGUCCUGCGAGAACCUCCGCACAAUGAGCUAUGUUGCCGCGUUGAACCACGCCAAGCAGGCACUUGAGAGAUCAGAAUCUGCAUUCUUUGACCCGACAAUGGUAUCCAUGCUCUAUUUCCCUGACGAACACAAGUACGCGAUAUACAUGCCAUUGUUUGUACCUGUGUCAGUGCCGCUAUUGAUUGCUUUGCUACGAGAAGCGAAAAAGAAAAAGUAA